AUGUCAUCUGGUAAUUAUGGACAUCAACAAUCGGUUAGCGGUGUUGUUUCACAACAAACACCAGUACCCGCAUUUCUUAAUAAAUUAUGGACGUUAGUUAAUGAUUCGACGUGCGAUGAUCUUAUUGCAUGGGAUCCAUCUGGUGGUUCAUUUCAUGUCUACGAUCAAGCACGAUUUUCACGAGAAAUUUUACCACGUUAUUUUAAACACAAUAACUUCGCAUCAUUUAUUCGUCAAUUAAAUAUGUAUGGUUUUCGAAAAAUCUCUAAUAUUGAACAUGGUUCAUUGAAAUCGGAACGCGAUGAUAUCGAAUUUGCUCAUCCAAAUUUUAUUCGUGGACAAGAUACUCUAUUGGAAUUGAUCAAACGACGAGCACCCGAAAAUCAACAAAAACAACAACAAACAUCUCAAUUAAGUUCAUCACUGUCAGCAUUAACUCAGUCAUCGUAUAUUGAUCCAAAAUCAAAUCGUCCCGUUGAAUUCGUUCAUGUUCUAGAAGAUGUGAGAACACUACAGAAUAAACAAACAUCAUUAAACGAAAAAUUACAUCAUAUGCAAAAUGAAAAUGAAGCUCUGUGGCGUGAAAUUGGUUCAUUGAGACAAAAACAUUCAAAACAACAACAAAUAGUAUCAAAAUUAAUGGAAUUUUUGUUACAUUUUGUAUCAAAUACCCAGCACGAUCAAGGACAAGUCAUUGGACCAGGACAAGCAAAUUUAAUUCAACAUCAUCCACAGGAGCCACAGAGUGUCAAUGAGCAACAACAAAAUAUGAGUACACAAAAUUUAUUACAGAACAGUAGUAAUUUGGAAAAUGGAAAUAGUGAUAGUGUUAUGCAUUCUAACACGGGCAAUGGAACUAAUGGUGGUUUAAAACGUAAACCAUUGAUGAUUGGAGAUAUAGGUAUUGAACCUAAACAUGCGAAACGAAGUAGUGUUCAGCAACAACAAGAGCAAGCACAGCAACAACGUGGUAUGCAUCAACAGUAUCACCAGCACCAACAACCACAAUCUCAUAGAUCGAUCCAACAUGCCACACGCCUUGUACCCAAUAUCAGCAUUCAUACAAAUGAUCCAAAUCUAAAUUCAUUACAUCAACAACAUCCGCUAAAUAUUGGUCGUCAACAAAGUGUGACAAUUAAUGAAAUAAGCGCCAAUGAUCAAGCUAACUGGCUGCAUGGUACAACAAGUUCACCUUUAGUUGAUCUAGUACCAUCACCACCACCACAAAUGCAUUCGGGUGACGGAAAUACCGGCGGUUUUAUGGUUGAUGAAACAAGUGGCCAUCAUUUUCAUAACGAUGAUGAUGACUCACAACAUCCAAGAAAUGAUUAUUGGAUGAAUAGUGAUGAUGCCAUAGAUUUUGGACCAACAACGACUACAGCAACGAGGAAUGACCACAGACAAAAUAAUAAUAAAUAUUCAAAUCGAAGUUCAAUAGGAAAUGUUGUUGAUAGUGGGACAUUUAUGCCAGAUUUUUUUUUACGGUCGGAUAAUGAAACGAAUCAAACAACAUCAAAUGAUCAGCAUACGUCUUUUACCAAUAAUACUACAACUGCUCCGACAACCACCACAUUAAUGAUGACACCAAUGAAACAAGAACAAUUGGAUUUUGUCGAUCAAUUUCAGUUAGCUACACCAGACACCAUGCCAUUAUCAAUGAAUCCUAUGGUUAAUUAUCAACAACAACAAAAACAGCAACAAGAUAUAAAACAGCAAAAUAUUCCAAAAGUUGGACAACAACAACUUACAGUGAGAAAUAAUAACGGCGACAUUAAAUCAUUUUCAUUAGAUGAUUUUAAUAAUGAUGUGGAUGGUAUACAAGUUGCUUUAGAUUCUAUUCGAGAUUUAAUUUAUUCAAAUUUACCUGAUGGAACAAGGAUUGAAGACUUGUUCGAUGUUGAUGAAGGUGUUCUACUGUCGCCAACAAUAAAUCAACAAGAUAUUCAACAUGCAUUAAUGGCAGCUGCAGUUCAGACUCAAACAGGAUCGAAUACUGCUGAGACAACAAAAAUAACAAAUAUUAAUACAACACAACCAUUGGAUCAAACAAAACCAAAUACAGUAACAUUUGUCUCUCUUCCACAAGAGCAACAGUCUACUUUCCCCACAGUAGUGACUUUGGGAGAUGGUGGCACGAAUUCUAAACAACAAGAUGUUGUGCUAACAAAUUCUAUACCUCCAACAACAGUUGAUUUAUCAUUAUUACAAUCGAAUGAUGAAAGAAAUUGGACACCGUCCACAGGUGCCAUGUCACAACGUCGUAAGCGUGCACAGCCUCAACAGCGAACUCAACAAGUACCUGUUCAACAACAACCAUUGCCUAUUGUCAAACCAAUAACUCAAACAUCAUCGCCGCCUACUAUUGUUUUACAAACAACAAAACCGUCUUCUAUUUCUACGCCAACCGUAACACAAAUUAAACAUACACCUAUUAUUCAUCUGCCAACAGCAUUGAUAAACAAACAACCGCCUACAAUUAAAAUUCAACAAAUACCGAUUAUCACACCUUCCAUUCAUGUUGAACAACAAAAAAAUACAUCUAGUCCUGUUAUGGUUUUACAAACGUCUCCUCAACAAGCAUCAAAUACAUCUGAAUCAUUAGUUAAUAAUGAAAGACAAUUACUCGAUCAACUUUUAUCUGAAUCUGUUAAAGCAGAGGAGCAACGUCAUACAAUCGAAAAAUUAGAACGAGAAAAAUCAAAUCUACAAGAAAAAGUAAACAGAUUUGAACAGCAACAACAAGGAACUAAUAAUUCACCACAGGAUAAUAAUAAUAUAUCCAUGUUCAAAUAA